CAGAGACUUGAACAGGUAUUGCCAAAAAAAUACAGCAAGCAACCAAAUAAAGAGAAAAACUGAAUAAGAAGUCAUGGAGAUGAAGCCCAACAGCUCAGACCUUCCGCCAUUUUUUUACAUGGAGGCCCUGGGCUUACUGCCAUCCCAGACCUACUUUGCUGUCGUCAUGGGGACAGUGGCCUAUUGCUUUAUCUUGGCUGGCAACAUGACCAUGAUCCUGAGCAUCACCCUGAACAGAAGUCUGCACAAACCCAUGUACCUGAUGCUCCUCAACCUGCCCGUCAACGACCUGAUGGGUGCCACCGCUUUCUUUCCCCAGCUCAUCAGCAGCAUCGCCUUGGAGGACCGCUCUAUCUCCUGUGCAGCCUGCUUCCUUCAGGGGCUGCUGGUGCACCUGUACGGGGGCGGAGCCUACAUCAUCCUCACUGCCAUGGCGUACGACCGCUUCCUGGCCAUCUGCUACCCACUCAGGUACAGCACCCUCAUGAGCAAUGCCAACCUGCUGAAGAUUAUUGUGGUGAUGUGGCUGUUGGACCUGGUCCUGAUCUCAGUCCUCUUCUGUCUGAUUGCUCGGUUCCGGUUCUGUGGGAAUAGCAUCGCUGACAUGUACUGCAAUAACCCCAGCCUGGUCAAGCUGGUCUGUGGAGACACCAGCAUCAACAACUACUACGGCCUCUUCCUCUCUUCUUUCCUGCAAGGGAUGUCCCUGCUCGCUGUGGUCUUCACCUACGUCCAGAUCCUGGUGGCCUGCCUCACCAACAAGCAGUCAGACACCAAGAGCAAGGCCCUGCGUACCUGUGCCACUCACCUGGUGAUCUUCCUGGUGUUCCAGGUCACUGCCAUAUUCAAGGUGGUCUCCCACAAGUUAAACCAGUCCCCAUACCUGAAAAGGGCCAUGGGGGUCUCCAUGUUACUGUUUCCACCCAUGUUUAACCCCCUGAUAUACGGAUUAAACACCAAAGAAAUUAGAAGUGUAGUAAUACAUUUUAUCACAAAGAAAAAGGCUACCAGCUUUGACAGAUGAAAGUUGGACGUUCAUUUUAAUGAACUGAACUUUUAGUAUUAGUCGUAAGAUGGCAUGAGUAAUCAGAAAUUAAAUGAACUUAAAUUAUUUUAUUCCCCUUGUCUACAGUGAGACAUGGAUUCUGUUUAUCCAUAGUUUUUUUCCCCAUCUAAAAUACAAAUGGAACUUUUUUAUUUCGCACACACAGUUUACUGACUUUAUUUUGAUUUUUUUGAUUUUUCAUUGCUGAAGAAACUGUUUUGAUCAAAGAAAAAAUGUAUUUAAUUGGGUGUCAACAUCCAGGAAGAAAGCACUAGAUUAAUCCAGGCUGAAGUUAUUUUUUAUCAAAUAAUAUUCCAGAACACACUAUCUGUUAAGUGUGACACAUCUUUCUGCUAUAUUUGACAGCAUACAUGACAUUGAAACAUGAAUUAAUAAGUACACCGAUGUAUCAAUAUUUCAUGAUAAAUGUUCAAAGUGCAUUGUUUGGGAUGGGCACACUAACAUGGA